GUCUGCUGCUCGGUCUACGCGGAAGUUCCGUGUCUGCGUGUGUGUGAGUGUGAGUCUCUCGCGCUUUUGUUUUUAUAAUCGGAGCGCGCGAGAGAGUGAGCGAGCAUCUCCCCCGUUCCCACUCCCACCUCGAACCGGGUUCAUUGUUAUUAUUAUUUUCUUCUGUCAUCGGUGUGUGUGUGUGUGUGUGUGUGUGUGUGAGAGAGAGAGAGAGGGAGAGAGAGAGAGUGGGAGAGUGUGUGUGUGAAAGAGAGGGAGAGUGUGUGUGUGUGUGUGUGUGUGUGUGUGAGAGAGAGAGAGAGAUAGAGGUAGAGAUAUGUCGGUGGCAGGAGAGUGCGGCUUCUCCAGUGAGGAGGUGCUGAACGUGCGCUUCCCAUUGCACCGCGCGUGCAGGGACGGGGACAUGCUCGCGCUCCACUCGCUGCUCCACAGCGACACACACCGAGCCGAGCUGCUCACCGAGGACUCCUUCUACGGCUGGACACCCAUACACUGGGCCGCUCACUUCGGCAGGCUGGAGUGUGUGAUGGAGCUGGUGCAGGUGGGUUGCGGCGUGAACUCCUUGACGUCGCGUUUCGCGCAGACUCCGGCUCACAUCGCGGCGUUCGGCGGACACCCGCAGUGCCUGAUGUGGCUCCUGCAGGCCGGCGCUGACCUCAACAGGCAGGACUAUGUCGGAGAAACCCCCCUUCACAAGGCGGCGCGUGCGGGUAGUGUCGAGUGCAUUAACGCUCUCCUGAUCCAGGGAGCGAAAGCUGACUUGAGGAAUGCUAGUGGACUGACCGGAGCCGACCUAGCCCACGCCCAGGGCUUCUCAGAGUGCGCUCAACUGCUGUCCAACGCCCAGAAUCAGCAGCAGCUCAGCCGUUUUAACGGCUUCUCCACCAAUAACUCUGUGGAGCGGACGCGCGGCUUCAGUAACGGCAUACCCAGCAGAAAGCGGUCGUUCGGCUGCAUCGAGUCCAGUCAGUUUAAAAAGGCCAGAACCAGCGAUCUGGAUCUUCAGAUGAGGCUGAUGAACGGGAUGAACGGCUCUGGCGGAGAGAACCUGAUGGACAUGGCGCGUGCGGAGCUCGGACCGGCACUGAGCAGCACUACAGGUGGGAACGGAUCCAUAACCGGGUCAUUUGCCCCCAUCGGCUUGGUGGAGCAAGAUGAGGGGCUGCGGAUGGAGGACUCCUCCACCUCGGCUCCUAAAGAGAUGGAGAUCUUCACCGUGGCUGCAAUGCAGAUACCCUGCCGCUGCACUAACUCCUACGCCUACCUGUAGUGGCCUUAGCUGUGCUUGUGGGGGCGUUUAUAGGGGUGUGUGUGGGGGGGUGUGUGGGGGUGUGCGUGUGUGUGUGUGUGUGUUAGAUGUAUCUUAUAAGAGGGAAAAAUGGUUUGUUUUUAUUUUCAUUUGAACGUGGGCCUCGUUUAUCACGCUAGAUACAAGCGGAUUUAUUCAGAAAUCAUUCAAUAUACAAGAAACGUGACGUCCAAGAAAAUCCUAGGUUGGAAAAAAAACUUACAUAUCUAGCGAGAAUGUGCGUAAAUAUUUACGCCUAGAGAUCACACGUCGUAUAUACGCAAAUUACGCAGGUUAUUCCUGUCAGUUACUCACCGAUUUAACGACGUUUGGAAAGAAAGCGAUUCCAAAACACCCCGUAAAUUAACACAACUAAGACAAGCGGUUCAGUUAGGACAAAAGUAAUGGCGCCCAAAGGAGCACAAGAAGCUUUAGGACACUAAUGAAUAACCCCAGGCAUUCGAUGAGGACAAAAGUAAUUGUGCCCUAUAAAUUGAGUAGCACUCUUUCACCCUUUAGUUGCCAUUUGGUCUUGUCUCCGUUUGUGGGCCUGGCAAAACCUAAAUGGCCUGGCCAUUUAUGGCUGAUAUGCACGUGAGUGUGACGAGAUUAAUAAAUGAUUCUCAGUAGUAAAAAAAAAGUUUCUGCACAAUAACUUCCUUCAAUCGGGUGGUUUUUUGUUUGUUUGCUUGUUGGGUUUUUCCUCCAUGCCCUCGAGUCUCAGCGACGUGUGGGGGAGUUCAUUUAGUUUAACUUUCAAAUGAUCUUAUCCCACAUGAUAUCUAUACUUAUCGUUAACUAAUGCAGCUUUUGUUCAUUUACCGUGAUGUUUAAUCAGAUCUCUUGAUAUUGAGUUCUCCUAUUAUCUGUAUUUUCUUUUCUUUUUACAAGUCUGUGUAUGACUAUAAGUUGGUAAUGUACUUUUUUAUAGCUUUGGUGGUCAUUUAAUUCACAUAUGUAUAUAUAAGGCUGAAAGCAGGUUGUUACACAAGUUCAUUUGCAAUAACAGACAAAAUGUACGUGAGCAUGAAGUUAAAAUAGUAGAUAAAAUGCUAACACACGUCUCCAGUGCACGGCAGGUAGUUCUGAGGAAGAGGAAGCACUCGUUCUGUGUGUGUAUGUGUUUAAUAUCGCUGCACUCUGUUUGUUUUAUCAUUAAAUGUCUCAGCCUGA